CAUAUCGUAACAGGUUUAAUCCACAGAGCUUGUGCCCUCGGGGCUGUGUUUUGAUUUCUUCCUUGAUCAGCGUCCUCAGUUCCUCGUACUGUUUUAUUUAUGUGUGUGUAAACGAUGAUGUAUGAGGAGCAGGGAUGAUGUAAGCUCUAGCAACAGAUUGGCUAUAUAAGGAGGAUUGGGACAAAGUGUUACAGAGUUUCUGAACUUACCUGUGAACAAGUUCGGAUUGUUCUUUCAAUAGUUACGGACUUUGUGGUAUUUAUCAAUAUGGAUGUGUCGACAAGGAGUUUUAGUAAUGUUUGGGACACAUAUGAUAUGAAAUUGAAACUGAACAACAACAACAUAUCCUGGAACUGUCAUCAGAAUAUUGAUCAGGUCGGCCAGGAGGGCCACGAGACCCACCCACCCAUGUAUGUUGAGGCAUUCAAAGACAAUGAGGGAAGCACCAGUCUUGUCUUCUCCCUGGAUGAGAAGGUCGGAGCUCUGGCUGAGGCUCUCAAAAUCCUGGAGGACUAUAAAGUGAACUUGCAUCACAUCGAGUCUCGGCCAGCGAAAGAUGAUCCCAAACGUUACGAGUUCUUUGUAGCGUGUGAUAACAUGACUGGGGGUCUGAAGGAAGCCACGGAGAGCCUGCGACACAAGGCCCGGGAUCUGACCGUCCUGUCACGCAGUCUUGGAGAACAAAAUGAUGAAGAAUACGAUGUUCCAUGGUUCCCUCGUCGAGUGAAGGAAUUGGACAGAUUCGCAAACCAGAUACUCAGUUAUGGAAGUGAACUCGAUGCUGAUCACCCGGGCUUUAAGGAUCAGGUGUACAGGGCUCGAAGGAAGGAGUUUGCUGACAUAGCAUUUCACUACAAGCAUGGGACUCCCAUCCCUCUUGUGACAUACACAGAUGAAGAGAUAAAGACUUGGGGCACCAUCUUCCGGGAGCUGACGAAACUGUACAAGACACACGCCUGUCAAGAGUUCAACCACAUCUUCCCCCUGCUGGUGGACAACUGUGGCUUCAGAGAAGACAACAUCCCUCAGCUUGAAGACAUCUCACAGUUCCUUAAAGACUGCACUGGCUUUACACUCAGACCAGUUGCGGGACUUCUGUCUUCACGUGACUUCCUGGCUGGCCUGGCCUUCCGUGUUUUCCACUCCACCCAGUACAUCCGCCACCCAUCCAAGCCCAUGUACACACCAGAACCGGAUGUGUGCCAUGAGCUGCUAGGGCACGUGCCCCUGUUUGCCGACCCUACCUUUGCACAGUUCUCCCAGGAGAUCGGUCUGGCUAGUCUGGGAGCCCCGGAGGAGUACAUCCAGAAGCUGGCCACGCUGUACUGGUUUACAGUGGAGUUCGGGCUAUGUCGGCAAGGCAAGGAGCUUAAGGCCUAUGGUGCUGGUCUCCUGUCAUCAUUUGGAGAGUUGCAGUACGCACUGACCGAUGAGCCAGACAAGAGACCAUUUGACCCAUCAAAGACUGCCCUACAGGAAUAUCCCAUCACAUCAUUCCAGCCGGUGUACUUUGUGGCGGACAGCUUUGAGGACGCCAAGGAGAAACUCAGGGCCUACGCCGCAACCAUCCCCCGCCCCUUCAGCGUGCGCUACAACGCCUACACCCAGAGUGUGGAGGUCAUCAACAGCAAGGAGCAGGUCCUAAACCUGACAAAGGCCAUCAGAGGUGACCUUUCACUUCUUGAAGAAGCUAUGAAGAAGGUCAACAGCAUGAAGUAAAAGGUGAAGGUCACAUGUGGACAAUAUAGUUUUGAUGUCUAGUUUUUUCCUUCUCAAAUCUUACAUUUUAUAUAAUAUGUCAAAGAAAAUCCAGAUUUCAUCUUGUAAUGAGAAAAACCUACAUAAUGUGCCUAGUAACUAAGUUUAUUACUUAGGUCAACAUUCACAUGGAUUCUGUACAAAACUUGGUGAUAUUUUCACGAGAACACAUUUCAAUGUGGGACUGCCCUUGUUAUAUUCUUAAAGGAAUUUACAUGGAGAAUGGAUAUUUUUCAAAUUAAUAUAUUAGCCAAAAUAGUUGAUCAUGUAAGCACAUCUCGAGGCUGUGUACCUUUUGUGCUGGACACUGUUUACUUAUUAUACAGUCUGAAGCAUAAUAUUUUGUCAAGCAGUUUUCUUGCAUUUGGACAAAUUGUUAAAUUGACAUAAAAAUCUUACAAUAUAUACUGGACAAAAUAAGUUAGGGAUAUUGGUAUUUUUAUGAUUGAUAUUUUAUCAACGUGUCAAUGAAUAAAUGCAUCAUUAUUCAUAAUUUCAAAAUUUACAUAUAUCCCUAACUAUUUUUGUCCAGUAUAAUAUGGUUGUUCCCUAGACACAAAAACUAAAGUGCUGAAUUACAUACAUUGUAUAUGAAAUUAUUCUCGUUUCUUUCUCAAUAUGAUGGCUGUUCUUCUCUUUGUGGCAAUAAAUAUUUGUGAUCAGGACAUCUUCCUAAUAAACAUGUUUAUUGUAAAUGUACAAGUGAAUUCUGCACAAUAUACGUUGGUUGUUGCUGUUAAAUAUGUUAAAUAUAAAAGGUGAAUUUUGCACAAUAUUUGUUUGUUGACUGUUGUUGGUUUAUAAGAGAUAUGUACACUAUGUAGACCAUAUUGUUUACUGCUAGUGUGUGGUUGUGGUAAAUCUAGCAUAAUGGUUAUUUAUUAGGAGCUUUAACUGACAUACUGGUAGAUGAAUAAAGCACAAACAUGCUAAAGAUGGCAGCUAUUCAAGGUUGUAUACUCUUCUGGGUCCAGUGUCACAAACCAAUCAUAACACUACGACAGUCAUAACUCCAAUAGUUUUACAUAGAUGUACGAGAGUCGUAAUGCUAUGAUCGCUUUGUGAAACAGGACCCUGGCCAAUACAGGCAUCGGAAUUCCUGGCAGCUUGGAAAAGAUUAAUGUCAUUUUCUUAUGCAAUAAUAUAACCGGUAUCAGUUGCCAACUAAUUUGAAAUUUACCGUUUGCCUUAGACUUGAGAAAAUUGUGAGGGAUUGGUUGUUUUGUCCCUAAAACUCUUGUUAUUUUACAUUCUGGGUAGCAACUUGUCUGAAAUGAGCAGCAAACAUACUGGAUAUUACGAACGGUGUCUACUCCUGCUUGUAUUGAAUUAGUUGUGAAUGCAUAAACAUUUUACCUUUUACUAUAAAUAUUUUUCUAAUGUGACAAGAAAAAUGAAUGAAUUUCAUUGGUCAGUGAAGCUCUUUAGUGUUUUUGCAGAAGAUCAGAAUUCUACAAUUUUUAUAUGGGAUAGAAAUAAUGGUCAGCUCCUGUUCUACAAAAAUGAAUUUAAUUUUGUAUAUUUAUGAUCAUUCCAUGUCUUGUCAAAGUAGGAAACACAAAUACUUGUUGAAAUUGAUCCGGUGACACAAACAUAUAUUUGGAAACCUAUGAUUUACACCUUUCUCAUUUGAGGACAUACACAAUGUAAAUUUAAAUAUAUUUUUUUCCUAAAAGGUGUCUUUUUACAGGAUUUUUAGCAUUAUCUAUGUAUAGUGUGAUGUCAACCCUGAUUGUAUGUCCUAUUGUUUAGGUUGUUGAAAACUGUUUUAUUACAGAUACUAUUUUCGAUUUGGAAAUUAUGAUUGGUUUAUCAAAUUUUGUUUUAGUUAUUAAACUAAAGUAAAAGCUUUGCUUUUUUUUUUCAAUGUGACAUGUAAUAACAUUUUGCCCGAGUGGAAAGCAAGUUGGUAUAUAUGCAUUGUAAAUCUAACAGAAAUUAUUAUUUCAGUCCUCAUCAUGUUGUAUUAAUCUAGAUUCACACCAAUAUGGAUAUAUUUAUGGCCAUUGUAAUAAUGCAGAUAUCCUCAUAAGCUGUAACCGGUGUUAUAUUUAGAAAAUAUGAAUGAUAAAAUGUUGUCUUUUAUUUGCUUUGUGAUAUCUUUAUUGGUUAUUUUAACAAUUGCUUUCAGUUUCAUUUAAUGAAGUUACUGAAGCCUUAAAUGAACUUGAAUACAUUGACAGUUCUUUUUAAAAAAAUAUUUAGCACAUUUUGGUAGCUAUAAUGAAUUUUAUAACAAAAUAUAUUAGUUUAAUCCAAAAAUCUCAAAAAUUUUAUCAGUCAAAAUUGAGUGACUCUUAUUGGUUUGUUAGUUGUUUUAUGUAAUAUAUUCAUAUAUUGGUACUGUCUCAAGGGUGUGUUAGGUGCAGAACUUUGGAUGAAGGUUUUAUAAAGGGUUAACAUACAGAGCUUGCUUAUAUUGUGCAUAGCUUAAUGAAUGUACAUGUUCUAUUUUGUUUGUUGAAGAAUAUUAAUUAUGUACAGACCAGAUCAACUAAUCAUUUUAGGUUUUUUAGAUGAGCAUCUUCUAAAUAAAUGCUAAAAUGUUCUGAUAUUGUUUGCUGAAAAUAUGUUUAUCUUGCUUUUCAUUUUUAUUUCAUGUUUAUGCUUUUAUAUCAGAAGUAUUUUUAUGCAAAAUUAACCUGAAUGUAACCAUGGCAACAUUUGGUGUCGACUUCAAUAAAUAUUGGCCAGUAGAAUCUCCUUAUUUAUCUGGUCUUGUUUUCUAUAGCAUACUUGUGUUUAUAUAUGCUAUGCUACCCUUAUUAUGAAGUAUAUUAUAUAUCAUUCAUUAUGUUAAACUGACAUGGACUGAUUCACCCCAUUGCUUUGGUUUGAAGCCUAGUCAAACAUGCUAAAAGUCAUCAAAUAAAAUUAAGUUUUCUCUCAUGAUUGGAACAGUUAUCACAGUUUUGGUCAGUUAUAUUCCUUUACAUUUAGUUACAAUGUCAAUGUACAGUGAGAAUAUAUAUCAUAAUGGAAUGGAGAUGCUGCACACUGGUUAAAUAAGGAUGGAGCAUAUUAUGCAUAUUUUUGUUUAGUCGUUUGAUAACCCUGAUUAGUCUUCAGGAUUCUUGGUGCACUAUUUUAUGGUAAAAUAGUUUAAAUAACCUUGCAGGGAUACCCUCAAUGACAUUCCUGCAAUUCCCUUGUAGUCUGUGAUGGAUUGUGAGAUGCAUAUCUAGCAAUAAAGAUAUAUAAUUGUUAA